GCGAAGCGAAAGGCGAGAGCGGCGCGGCGCUGUGGGGCGUGUUGGCGGGCGGCUCCCAGGGUGGAAGGCUGCAGUUGGUGCCUCGACGUCGCCGCUCUCCGUUUUGGGCGCCACCGGAGGGAGGAAGAGUCCGCGAGAGGCCGACGGGGGGGAUGGCCGCGGAGACGAAUGCCGGCUGCCAGCAAGGUCUGCUGAAAAAUGAAGCCAUUCCUGAAGGAGAAGAUGCAGUUGCUGGAAUUAAUAUAGAAGCUCUGUCUGAAGAAGAACAAGAAGAGCUUAGAAGAGAGCUUGCUAAGGUAGAAGAAGAAAUCCAGACUUUGUCACAGGUAUUAGCUGCCAAAGAGAAGCAUCUAGCUGAAAUAAAGAGGAAACUAGGCAUCACUUCACUGCAGGAACUGAAACAAAAUAUUUCCAAAGGGUGGCAAGAUGUAACUUCAACAAAUGCGUAUAAGAAGACAUCAGAAACAUUGACUCAGGCUGGACAGAAAGCGUCUGCUGCUUUCUCAACAGUAGGUUCAGCCAUCACAAAGAAGCUGGAAGAUGUGAAAAAUUCUCCAACAUUCAAGUCAUUUGAAGAAAAAGUGGAAAACUUAAAGUACAAGGUUGGGGGAAAUAAGCCUGCUGGAGCUGACUUUGGAGAUGUCUUGAAUUCUGCUGCCAACGCCAGUGCCACAGAAGUUACUCCAAAGCAGACUGAAGAGGAGGAAACUCAAUGAUUGCCUCACCUUUGUACUGUCCACUGCCAGAUGCUGCAAGCAAAUGCUGAAGUGCAUCACCUCUGCUGUUGACUCCUCCAGUAUGUUCUUCUGUUUAGCACUUAGCUUUCCAAAUAUUUAAUAGUUUCUUGAGGUUCAGAGUAUUUUUGAAAUAGGAAAAUACACUUGCCUUUGUUAAUCUGCAGGACAGGAAUUUUUAUGUAUUUUGAGGAUUAGGCUUAAUUCCAGUCUAGGUAAUCACUAAGUUACUGCAUUACAAAAAAUUAUAAACAGAGCUGGAACAUUAAGCACAUGUGGCAUUUACAUUAUAAGCCAUCACCUCAUGUCUGCUUUCACAGACAAACCUUGAAAGUCUUUGUCUAGCCAUUAAGUGGAUACUCCUAACUUGUUACUCGUUCACUAAUAUUCUUUGGCCAAAUAAAUUGGUUUGGGUUUUGCAAUGGCUACUGUAUCACUUUUUUUUAACUUUUCAAAGCUGAAGAAGAGUAGCUUCCAAGCAUGUCAUCUGUCAUUUAUUGAAGUUCUCCCAAAAAUAUUUCUUUUGACAGAUCCCAGCCAGAGACACAAUUUUUCCUUGGAGGUUACAGUUUUCAGUUUUACUUUGUUUACUGAAAGUUGCAGAAGUAAAAUGAGCUUAUAGGCAUGAAGCAGAUGAUAAAUGUAAACGCCUAAUACAGCACAGUGCUUUCAAAUCAUUCCAUGAUAUUAAAAGCGUUAUGUUCAUUCCUCCCUCGUGAAUUUAAAUCAUGGGACAGUAUAUUCCAUCCUCCUCUCAAUUAUAAUUGGUUGAAGCUGUGGACAAUUUUUACACUUAUGUACGUGGAUUCUAGGAGUUUGCAUCUGUAAGAAAAGGCCUUCAAUGAAAUAGGAGCCUAUCUAAAUUGAAAACCCAUGUUGAAGCUUGAGAAUAUAUUUAAAUAUUGCAAUCAUAGGUCAAUUUCAUAUAUAAAACAUUAAUUAAAUUUGUUCUAAAAAGAUUUGAUUUCACAGAAGCAAAUUGUACUCCAUCUUUAUAUGUUUAUUUUUGGCACCUUAUAAAAUACACGUUUUGCAUAUGUUUUUGCUACUUUUAAUCACCAAGCUUAAACUGAACUAGAACUCAUCCUUAAGAUACACUGUAACUUGGGCUUUGUCUUUAUAGCUGCACCAAAAAGGUUACACAUCAUAUAAGUCAAGUUAUGCUGUAUUUGACAGCUUUCUGUAGCAUUUCAGAUUUAAUCUGAAUACUUGAUUACGUAUACAAAUAAAAUGCAUUGUAUUGUCAAACA